CGAGUUCCACGUCAAUAUAUGGACUUCCUGUUUCACUUUCGGCAAGAUUUGACAUUACUCGCAAGUGGACAGUACUAGGCCUAUCGUGGAAAUCUGGAAACGUUGAGAAGUUGGACAUGUCAGCGAUAACAAAGGCGAGAAUCCGGGUUGAUGUGGUUAGUGACAUCAUCUGACCAUGGUGUUGGGUCGGGAAAAGAAAAAUGGAGCAAGCGAUGGAAAUUUUGAAAGAUAAGUACGAAUUUACCAUUCGCUGGGAGCCGUUUUUCCUCCGAUCCGAUACACCUCCCGAGGGUAGACCCAAACCGGCAGCCUACAUGGACCCUUCCAACCCAAGACUUCAAGGCCUGAUAAAGGCUGGAGCUGCUGUAGGACUGAUAUUUGCGAAUAAGAGCCCGAUUUUUCCGAGCACCCUAAAACCUCAUGCAUUGAUGGAGUUUGCCAAAGAAAAAAAUGAUGGAGUCUAUCAAAAUGACGUUGCAGAAAAACUGUUCAAGAAAUACUUCACAGAUGGAGAUAUUCUGGGGGAGGAGACACUGCUGGGUGUGGCCGAGGAGGUUGGCUUUGAAAGGUCAGAGGUCAACACUUACUUAAAUGAUAAAGAUGCUCUGGAGAAGGUGUUCACAUCAGCUUUAAAAUGGUCUGCACAAGGGAUAUCAGGUGUGCCAACAUUCUACUUCAAUGGGAAACAAGUGUUUUCUGGAGCCCAGGAGACUGACACCUUUGUGAAAAUGUUUGACACUGUUAAUGAAAGGUUUCCGCUACAAACCAACAGUAAGAAGUAGGCUAUGUGCAGAACAGGAAGAAAUAUAAAACACUACUAACAUUGAUUUACCAUUAUAAUCAAAGGAUAAAUUUACCAUUAUAAUCAGUACAGAAGGUCAGUAACCAAUGCUUAAGUUCUCUGUUCAUUAAUUACUGUGGAACAUGACUUUCUCAAUCGACGGGAAUUGCAUUAUUUGGUCCAACAUGACAGUGUGUUAAUAAACCUAGUCUUAUUGUGGUCAAUGGAACCUAAAUCAUUUCGUCAGACAGUAGAACUACUCAUUCAUGAUAUACAUGAGGGAGUGAACUUUAAAGUCAAAUGUUGGUCAAGAUUUAGUUUUUGCUGAUGAUGAAACAUUUAUGACACAUUCAUUACCACCUUUGCCAGUUGACUACAUUCUUGGUUAGAUGGAAGACACUGCAAUGCCAUGCUACUAAAUAUUGAUGUACUUUUGUGUCAUAUUGUCAAUGUUGUAGAUAAAUACAAGGUUGGUAUAAAGUUGAUGUGGUAGACACAUGACGGGCGAUACACUCAAGUUAGUCAGUUAUUGCCUUGAUGACAUACAUACCCCUUACCUUUCAUUCUUACUCUGUAUUUAUCACACGAAUACCGUGCUUUGCAAUGAUUGUACCCAUGUUAUUCAUCACACAUUUUCAAAAUUAAGACAAUAAACAUAAUGGUAACAAAACAUCACAAUUGAGACGUUCGGCUUGAAAAGAGAUGGAAACAAUGACAAAAGGAUUGUUGAGAGAGAAAUAAAUCGUGACAUUAUUAUAGAAUACGAACAUGUAUUAAUGGAAAUCAUGUCUUAUCUUGAGUUUACCAAAAAUAAUGAUGAUGGAUUGGAAGCUUGCUGUGAUAACGGUUUAUUGUAGAAUGUACCUAAUAUUAUUUUGUAAUUUUAAAAUAAAUUAUUGUAUAUAUCUG